GUGAAUCUGUUCCUAUUUAUCUAUCCUAAGUUUGGGUACAACAUUUGGUAUCAAAGCCUAGUUGUUAACAUCUCUAAAGGACCAAACACACUUCCCUCACCUUCCUAAUCCUUCCUUGAUACGUUAUCCCAAAUACAUCACACAAAGGCCACAAAUCAGCCCAACCAAACACCAUGUCAAAUACCACUCAAAACAUGACCCAUGAAGAACUUGUGGCUUCAAAUGCAGCCCUGCAAGCUCAAGUUGAUUAUCUAGCCAAGCAAAUAGCCAAGCUCACUAAACAAAAGCUAGCUAUGUUGCAAUCCCGUGAUGAUGAAGAAGAAGCUAGUUCCAGUGCCACCAUAAGAACUAGAGCUCAAGAUAAGUCCGGUUCUGAUUUCAAAGUGGAUAUUCCCAUCUUUGAAGGAAAGAAUGACCCAGAUGAGUUCCUUGAAUGGCUGGAAACAGUGGAAAGAGUAUUUGAUUUUAAAGAAGUAUCCGACGAGAAAAAGGUCAAGAUUGUAGCCUUGAAGUUUCGGAAAUAUGCAUCUACCUGGUGGUCCAACAUCAAAACCAAGAGGAGUCAAGAUGAGAAACCCCCGGUUGAUUAAAAAAAGGUAAGUUAUACAAUUAUGCAUCCAAUUUCGAAAAAAAUAAUUAUGGUAAGAAUAGUUAUACACCCAAUUUCAAAAAAAGUUAACCCUUCUUAUUAUAAUUAUAAUAGCCUAUAGCCUAUUACAAUUAAAUAUACUAUAAAUAU